AUGGCGCCCCAAGAAGCUGCAGACGGCCAAUUCGCCAUUCUGCCUGUGCGCAUGAUUGGAUCGGAAGCAUAUCCCGUCGAAACCGUCCAUGAGAUCAGGGUCCGGCCAAACAAGCCCAAGUUCCCAACCGCCAACGAUGGGCGAACGCUCUACCUGAAGAACGUCCCCGCCGAUAGCACAGAAGCUCUCUUUCGUGAACUGUUCGCCACUCUCCUCGGCGGGCAGCGCCAAUUCGAGUCCAUCACAUUCGAGAAUGAGGCGCAGACGGUCCUCGCUGUCGACCCAGCCCGCGCUACGAUGAUCCAGGGCUUUGCGAAGAAAAGGAAACGCGGAGAUGUCGAGGCGGAGGAGCGUCGAGAAGAGGUGGCGGCGCAGUUGCCCGAAAUAUGGACACGCCGACUGCAAAACAGCGGGAGCACGGCUACGGUCCUCCUGGUCGAGGAAGCAAGUGUUGCAAGGGUUCUCAAAAAGAUCGAUAGGAUCCACAGCGGCAAAGGUACACAGCCGAUCUGGGGGCAGGGCGUCGACGAAAAGGACGUGUCUCCGCUGUCGACACCGUGGAUCGCGACACAUUUGCGACUGAGCCGGGCCGACAAGCUCGAGACCAAGAAUUCGGUGCACGCGUUCUUCAGCGUCUUCAACCGCAAGGAGAAGGAAGCCAACGAGCUCGCCAAGCGACUGCGCAACGAGCCGGACGAGGAUGGCUUCGUCACCGUCACCAAGGGCAGCAGGAAUGCACCGGCCAGCCGCAACGAGGCCGACGAAGCCCGGGCCAAGAUGCUGCAGAAGGAGGCGAAGAAGAAGGAGGAGCUCAAGAGGUUCUACCGCUUCCAACUACGCGAAGAGCGCAAGCGGGAGCAAGCCAACCUGCUCAAGGGCUUUGCGGCGGCACAGGAAAAGGUCGCCGCGAUGAAGGAGAAGCGCGGCAAGUUCAUGCCCGAGAGCUGA